UCAUGGUGAUUCAGGACUAGAACCUGUAUCUUCUUGCUCUAAAGUCUAGGGAUCUUUUCACCAUACUAUACCACCUCCUAUGUGUAAAUGUCCACAUAAUAAUAAAGCAGCCACAUUAGCUCUUAAAAAUAAGUUUAGAUCUUAAGUAGAGAAACACUCCUGUACUUUAAAACAGAAUUAUGUAAAGGACUGUUAACUGCCAGCUCCCUCAAAAGACCAUCAGAACAACCUGAUGAUCAAACAAAACUAAGCUUAUUGAAUCUACUGCACUAAGGGGAAAUACCACUUUUACAAAGUUAGCUGUAUUUAAGAAGGGGAUGGUCAGGGGAAGAUGUUAAAGUGUUUUGAAGUCUGAGUUCAGGUGAUUAAAGAAGGGUCUUUCAAUGCAGGAAUCCGGUUGAGAAUGGGCAAGACACCUGACAUAAUAGAUUAGAUCUUGAAGCAAGUCUUGAUUAGUAAGCUAUUGUUCAAUAAAUGUUAAGUGAGCUCUUUGCCCAGGGGAGUAAUCUAAUCUUCUGAUGGAAGAGCUCUUUGCCUAGAUCAGCAAGCUGUCCAGUUGAUAAAUUUGUUUUCAAGGAUUUCCUAGGGCAAACACUGAAAUUACUUAUUGGUUUUACAGCGUUAUCUUCCAUAGGGGUCCAACUCUUCCAAUUUGCCAGACACUAAGGAAGUUCUUCAGGACUUUCAGUUUAAAACAGGGACAGUCCCAGGCAAAUUAAGGCCAGUUAGUUAUCCUCUCAUCUGGGCAAGAAUUUCUAGUAACAGAUAGGAAAGUCAUUGGCACAAGUAGCCUCAGUUCCCAAUCCAGAUAAUUAACUGUGUGGAUGCAGUAAUCCCCAUUCUUAGUACUAAUUCAUCUCUUUGUUUUUAAUUCCUCUCCAAGUCCCAGGUAACCCUUUUCUUGAAGUCAGAUCUGGCACAAUUUGAUAGUUACUUAAGGUCCUCAGCCAGUUAUCAGGCUGUAUGUGUCAAUAGAAAUUAUAGAGUAACUUGUGCUACACUUAGCUCAGGGCCUUAUGGGAGUCCUAUUGUUGAAAUUAAUUUCACUGAUGGUAUUCACUUAUUAUAAAAUAGUCCUGCCAAGUAGCUGCAGCAUAUGACGUUGUCAGGCAAUUUUUAAAAAUUCAGUUAUUUGGUGUAAUCAGUUGCACAGAUUUUUGUGAUAGGCAGAAUUUCUAUGGCUGUUUAAAAUUAGAAGAACAAAUUAGUUAACCACGUGAUUGUUAAAACCAGGCUUAGUAAUUUUGAAUGCUGACUUAAUGAAAGUAAUUUCUUCUUCAAGAUACCAUGAUAUUUCCCCGUUUUAUUACCAUGGCACCAAAACAUCACGUUUAUUAAAAACCUUAAAGAAAUUAAGCUACCUCCAUUGCUGGCCUUAAAAGAAAUUAAUUCUUUAAAAACCAAUUUAAAACAAAGUGUGGUAGUCUGACUAAUGCUUUCCUUUCUUGCAAAAAUGUCCAGAUCCUAAUCUCUGGAACCUGUAAAUAUGUUACUUUAUAUGGCAAAAGGGACUUUACAGAUACUGGUAAGUUUAGGAUUUUAAGAUGGGGAGAUUAUCCUGGAUUAUCUAGAUGAGGCUGAUAUAAUCACCACAGUCUUUAAAGCAGGGCAGAAGAUCGGAGGAAGAGACAAUGUCACUAUGGAAGCACUGGGGGGAAAGGCUAUGUGAUGCGAGGCCAUGACCCCAAGGAAUAUGGAUGGUCUUUAGAAGCUGGAAAAGGCAAGGAAACAGAUUCUCCUCUGAAGCCUCCAGAAGGAACCAGCCCUUCUAACAACUUGAUCUUAGCCCCUAAGACUCAUUUUAGACUUCUGAUCUCCAGAAAUGCAAGGGGAUAAAUUUGUGUUACAUUUAAGCUAUGAAGUUCGUGUUAGUUUGUCACAGUGGUGCUAUGGUUUGAAUAUUUGUCCCCUGCAAAACUCAUGUUGAACUUUAAUCCCCAAUGUGGUAGUAUUGAGAAGUGGGGCCUUUAAGAGGUGAGUGAAUUCAUUCAUGGGUUAAAGGAUUAAUGGAUUAUCGUGGGAGGAGAACUGGUGGCUUUAUAAGAAGAGGAAGAGAGGCCUGAGCUAGCAUGUGAGCUCAGCCCCUGGCCAUGUCAUACCCUGUACCACCUCAGGACUCUUCAGUGAGUUCCCACCAUCAAGACAAUUCUUACCUGAUGCAGCUCCUCCACCUUGGACUUCUCAGCCUCCAUAAACUGUAAGAAAUAAUUUCCUUUUCUUUAUAAGCUAUCCAGUUUCAGGCAUUCUAUUAUAAGCAACAGAAAACAGUAAGACAGCAGCAAUAGGAAACUAAUAUAGAAAGUAUCAGGAAAAUGAAUGGCUGUAUCAUGCUCCCUUUUGUCAUUAUUUGAAGUUGCUUUUAUGAGCAAAGCUUGUCUUACCUAGCAACAGUUGCUAAGUAAGUUAACAACUUAAUGCUAGAGUUUGGGAAGGAGCAACUGCUUAAAUCUUCCCAAAUCUGGUGCCCAUACCUUCUAUGGCAGGGGCUUUUAGUACCAUUCUUUAAUGUUAGACACAUAACCACUACCUAAUCAUGUGAACCAUUUAAUCCUUACCAGCCUCUAACAUCCUAAAACCCUGAACCUCUUCCAGCUUUCUUAAACUGUCAGCUUUUCUUGAAACGACUUUUUCUGAUUCUAAGAUUAUUUUAACUGUAAAUAGGAGAAGACAUCUGAAAUUUAACUAUGAUCAGAAAUUCAGAUUACAACAGCUUUGUUUGCUGUGCUGUUUGUAAUAAAAUAAUCCCACCAGCCCCUUUUGGAAAAACCUUCAAACGGAUCCAUGAAUACAAGCCACUGAAGACACGCUUUUACACUCACAAAGACAUACUAGAUAUUGGGGCAAAUAUUCUGAAAAAAGAAGAGAAGUUUCAAGAAGAUAUACUCAGAGAACGCAUUGCAAAAGCAGAAGCUGAAGUAUGGGCUCAGGCUAAUGAACGUCAAAAACAAGCAGUGGAGAAAGCACUUGAAGAAGCAAAUGACAGACACAAAAUUGAAAUUCAGAUUUUGAAAGAGGAACAUCAAAAAGAUUUACAGGAAGUGACAGCUAAAACUAAGACAGAGAUGUAUCAAAACAUGGAUGACGAAAUGAAGAGAGAGCACUUGGCUGCAGAACAGCGCAUGGUCCACAGAAUCCAAAGGAUUAUGAUGGAAUGCCACAGAGAGAAGGUGGAAGCUGUGGAGAAAGCCAGGGCUGAAGAAAGACUCAUCGCCCAGAAAGCAAUCCAGGCCCAGAAAAGCAAAGCCACGGAGGAAAUUGUGAAUACUGGUAUCACAGUUACUAAGGAUGAGAAGACCAGUGUGGCCCGACUGAUGAGGGAAAAAGAACAUGAAAUGAACGUCCUCUAUGGCAUAGCUCAGAGGCAGAAGCAAGAAGAGGUACAGGAAGUGCUUCAAGAAGCAGAGAAAACACAUCAGGCCACUCUUGGCAAUGUGAUAGAUACACUGGCCAACACCCAGGGGGAGCUGCUGUCUAUAGCAAAACAACUGGGAAUCAUGACAAAUUGGAAAGAUUUCCUAGAGGAGGAAUUACAGGAAACCAGGAUGGCAUUUCAAAAAUACAUCAAUUAUACCUUUCCUAAGCUUUCACCAGGACAUGCAGAUUUUAUUCUGCCAGAAAGAAAGAAAACACCUUCUAAUCUUGUUAUUGAGGAGAACAAAACAACUCUUGAUUAG